GCAGCUGGCUGGCAGCAGCUGGGCCGGUCGGGGCUGGGCCCUACGCACUUUGCGUAGCAAGGGGGGUUACCAAAGGCCUGGUACUUGGCCUUGGACAAGGCCGGCCUAUCCCCUGUAGGGGGGCGUGGGUGAGGAGCAAGGCUGAGGAAGGCGAGAAGGGGAAUUGGGGCAGUUAGGGGAUUAUAGUUUCUUUAAAAAGCAAGGUGGGGUGAGGCCAUGGCCGUCCCAGCCAAGAAAAGGAAGAUGAACUUUUCUGAGCGAGAGGUGGAGAUCAUCGUGGAGGAGUUGGAACUGAAGAAGCACCUGCUGGUGAACCACUUCAACGCUGGGGUCCCUCUGGCUGCCAAGAGCGCAGCAUGGCAUGGCAUCCUGAGGAGGGUCAAUGCCGUGGCCACCUGCCGCAGGGAGCUGCCUGAGGUCAAGAAGAAGUGGUCUGACCUCAAGACCGAGGUCCGUCGCAAGGUUGCCCAGGUCCGGGCGGCUGUGGAGGGUGGCGAGGCCCCAGGGCCCACUGAGGAAGACGGAACCGGUGGGCCUGGGACAGGUGGUGGCAGUGGCGCUGGUGGCCCAGCUGUAGCCCCCGUACUGCUCACCCCCAUGCAGCAGCGCAUCUGCAACCUGCUGGGUGAGGCCACCAUCAUCAGCCUGCCCAGUACCACAGAGAUCCACCCCGUGGCCCUUGGACCCACGGCUACUGCAGCCGCAGCCACGGUCACCCUGACACAGAUCCCCGCAGAGACCGCCUAUCACACGCUGGAGGAGGGAGUGGUAGAGUACUGCACGGCCGAGGCCCCGCCACCCCUGCCAGCGGAGGCCCCCGUGGAGAUGAUGGCCCAGCAUGCCGACACCUCAGUCAAGCCGCAGGCGCUCAAGAGCCGCAUAGCCCUCAACUCAGCCAAGCUGAUCCAGGAGCAGCGGGUCACCAACCUGCACGUGAAGGAGAUUGCCCAGCACCUGGAGCAGCAGAAUGACCUGCUACAGAUGAUCCGUCGCUCCCAGGAGGUGCAGGCCUGCGCCCAAGAGCGCCAGGCUCAGGCCAUGGAGGGCACCCAGGCGGCCCUGAGUGUCCUCAUCCAGGUCCUGCGGCCCAUGAUCAAAGAUUUCCGCCGCUACCUGCAGAGCAGCAUGCCCAACCCCGCCACUGCCUCCGACCCUGGACAGGUGGCCCAGAAUGGGCAGCCAGACAGCAUCAUCCAGUGAGGGCAGGGCUCGAGCCAGCCUUCUGCUGUGAAUGGAUGACACCACGUGGUCUUGUAAGCGGGUUGUGUGGUUGGCCUCAGUCUAGGCCUGGCCGUGUGGGCGGCUCCCAGUCUGAUAGACGUUUAGGGGUCCCCUGUUUCCGAGAAAUGAAGGAGACUGGGAAGAAGAAUUUGUUGGGUUCCUGGGACCCAAACUCUCUUCCCCCUACCCCUUGAGCUGUCCUGCUAAGAACCUGAAGAUUGGAUAGGUGGGGGUCAGGUGCUGGUGAUGGGACCCAUGUUGUCAUGAGCCAGGGCUUGUGACAUGACCCAGACUUGGGACUAGGACAACUGUCGGCCCUCACUGGGGACGAUCUCACAGCUUGGGGGUCUGUGCGAAGAUACCCGCCCCCCACCCAGGUGCCAUCCUUUGGAGUAAGAUAACAUCAGUGGUGCUGGCAGUAGCACAAAAAUAUCUUCUUCCGCCCCUUGGCAGGCAGAGUGACAGCUGGGCCUGAGGAGGAAACCCCACCCUUUUCUCCUUCUCACUGUGCCUCAGUUCUCAGGGGACUCUAGUUCGUGCCGUGCUGUCCCCCCACCCCACUGCACCCGGGCACAGCAGGGGCCCUGUUAGCGGCCUGGGCUGCCCCUGCCGAAGAACACCCAGGCUGCAGCCCUUCGGGCUCAGGAAUUCUGUGUGUGGUGGGGACAGCCUGGUCGCCAUCUGGUCUUCCACUGCGUCCCCAGGCAGCCCUUUGGUGGUUUGUCCCAACAGCUUUUGACUCAGGUCAAGCAUCAGGCUUUGGGUGCUGUAAAUUUGACUUAUUGCCCCACUGCAGUGGGUCUGAGGCGACCUGUUGGCUUCUUCCAGAAGGCUUGCUGCAAAGCCAGUUGUAUUUAUUCUGUUCAUGAACACCUCUGGGAAGGCUUCCGAGGGCAGCUCUGGCCAUGCCCUUCCUCCUUUCCUCUCUACUGACUGUGCAUUUCCAAAACUCAGUGCAGAAAACAGCCUGCUCAGCCUCACACCCUGGACUCCCUUCUCACAGUAUUCAGCGCCUUGUGUUCUUGUGAGACGCCCACUGACUGGUUAGGUGACUCUGAAGGCCUGAUUGGCCCUGAACGUAUGCAGUGGGAGAGUUGAAACUGACCUAAGAAGUGGGACCUUGGACUUCUGUGCUCGGGGAAAAGCAGACCGACCUCGGAGUGCCGAAAGAGGUGGUGUUGCCUGUUCUGUCUUGAUGCUUCCUCCCCAUUUGUAAGGACUUUACCCGGAUGGCAUUUGUCCGUUUCAUUUUCAGAAUCGCCAUCAAUUACCGAGACCCUUGCAUCUUUCCCGAUCAUUUCCCAAGUUUGCCAUUUUGCUGCGGAGGCCUUGGCCACACGUGACCGAUGGUUACAACUCAAGGCUCCAGAUCUCAGCUAAACAACAAAGGUGCUGCCCUUCUGGGCACGUUAAGAAUCGCUCAGCUCCACUGUUGCAGCUACGGGAAGAUGCCCCCAAAGAUGGUUGGGAGGUGACUGCUUUACCACCACCCUCUCUGCGGGGGACAUGUGCAGUGCCAGCUGCAGAGCAGUGGAGAGGAAUCAGGCUGGUGAGGGAGUUGGGUGGCAGAAGGAAGGUCUUCUCAGUGUGGCUGGAAAGCAGCAGCCCCUGGCAGCCUGGGUGCCCUCCCUCCAUGGAGCCUGAUGGCCCCAUCAAGGUAGCUUCGGGGACUUCCUGAGGGUUUGCAGCUUGGUUUGGUUUUUCUCUGGGGUUGGCAAUCUGAGCCAGUAUUGUGUCUGUUCCAACUGGGUAUAAAGAGGAAGCUUGGAUCGCUUCAACUGACUGGUUCUUUCCAGAUCAUAAUUUUAAAUUAAAGAAAUAUCACUUUUUUUGAUAUACAUGUCGGUGUCUUCAUUGGUUAUAUAUAGAAGAGAUAGGGGCUGGCAGAGAGCAGGAGCUCACAGGUCAAAUCCCGCCCCCCCACCUGUCUUUGUAAAUAAAGUUUUACCGGAACACAGCCAUACCCCUUCUUCUGCUUAAUGUCUGGC